AUGUCGGCCCAUCCGAAUCUCAACAUGUUUGCUGCUGGACACGACAACGGGAAUUGUUGUUUUCAAGAUUCGAACGUGAAAGUGCCGCCUUAUUGUGUCUCCGACAAUCUGGUCUUCUGUACGCCUGGUGAUAAAACAAUACAUCGCCGAGAUAUGAAGGCCACCGGAAAAGAUCAAGCUUUUGGGAAACUUUCGUGGUGGGGCUGCUCAUGUAACUCCUACUAUGCGCUUCACUACAAUGCUGCGGGAAAGUUGCUUUACUUACGACACGCCUACACAAUCGGAACAAAAAUCUACGACGUAUACAAACUGGAACCGGAUUGUUGCUACUUGGAAAUGAUGAAGGGCUCCAUUUAUUUGAUGUGCAGCAAAAACGAG